AUGCGUUCUUUCAUUACUUCCACCGCUCUGUGGAACGACAAUGCUGCCAACUGGAAACCCGUCAUUGAAGCCGUCAAAGCCCACACCGAUAUCGAUUGGACUAUCGUUAUCAACCCCAACAACGGCCCCGGCCUGUCAGGUAAACCCGCCGAUGAUGAUGUAAACUUUGUCAGCGGCGUAUCGCAGCUGAAUGCGAACGAAAAUGUCAACACCGUUGGUUACGUCCGAACCAACUACGCAAAAGCUCCGAUGGAAGAGCUCAAAGCCAACAUCACGAACUAUGCCAACUGGGCUUCAUAUUCCGGAGCGGACAUCUCCAUCCACGGUAUUUUCCUCGACGAAUCCGAUGCCGAUUUCAUCUACCUUAACGAGGCCAUUACGUACGCACGCGAGGCCUUUGACGAUCAUAUCACCACCAUUUGCAAUUUUGGUGUCAAGACUGCAGAAGAGUACUACGGCAUCUGCGAUAUCGUCAUCGCCUUUGAGAGCUGCCUUAAUUGCUAUGGAAUGCCUCAGUACGAGAGCGAAAAGACUCUUAAAGCCAACUUUCCUGUCGGUUACAAGUCUCAGGGAGCCGUGAUCGUCAACCAGUUCACAGGCGAAGACUUCCAGGGCAAGAGUGCCGAUCCUUCCUUGCUGGCCAGCUAUGCCGAGACCAUUGUCAGCCACGGUAUUGGCUGGUACUACUUCUGCCCUGCAGACUACAACGAUAUCACGUCCUCCCCAGCCACCGUCUUGCAGAACGCGAAAUCACUUGUUAGUGUGUAG